GAUUAUGAAGAAUAAACCGUCAAAGAUGACAAGUUCCCAACUAAUUUAAUGAUAAAGUAUAAUAUCCAAAAACGAAUUUCAUUUUUAUUUAUCAAUCUGUAUGAAAAUUGUUGAUAUGCGUUGGCAAUUUGGUGGCAAUUUUCAAUCUGUUCGUGUGAUAUGUACGGAAAAUUGGAGAAAAUGUAUAAUGGCAACUUCGAAAUAUUUAUGGUCCGAAAUUGUAACCGAAGUUGUGGAUUAUUUAACAGACGACGUUUUUAUUUGGAAGGUACUAAUGGCUUUAGUAGUUCUUAUAAUUUUAAUACACACUAUGUAUUACAAAAUUCGUUGGGUGGAUGAAAAAUCGAGUAAUAAAGAAAAUUUAAACAAAGUUGGUUUUAAAGUUCAAGAUCUGGAAUUAAAGGUAAACAUAUUAACGUACAAAAUGCAAUAUGGCACGUGGCCAUUGCCCCACUAUAUCUGCAAAUCUGAUGGAAAAAGUGAAUUGCAAAACAUUAGAUUAACAUUAACAAAUUCGGAGGAUAGAAAUUCUUGGAUCAAGCAUUUGUUAUUAAGGUAAGAAUUCUCAUUAAAAAUAACAAAUAAAUUGUCGAAAUUAAAAUUAAAUAAAUUACAAACCGUUUGAAUAUUCAGUUCAAGAAAAAUUAAAGACUACAAUUUAGCCAAUAGAAAUUUAGUACCCUCUGUAACGAAUUUAAGUCGAUUAGUCGAUUUAGAAACAAAAUAUAUAUCUUCAAAAUUUCAAAAUCAAAUCCCAUCAAUCGAAUCUGGGGAUAUGACCGACAAAAGCAGCGGUGACAAUUCACUAAGGUUUAUAAUAAUUUAAUACAAAAAUUUAAAAAAAGAAAAUAAAUUUGUCAAAUAAUUGCAUAAAAAAAUUAAUAUAUUUAUAAAUUUGAUUUUUUUUUGUCAAUAGCGAAUGGGAAAGGUGUAAAAGAUAUUUCAGUUCUAAUAAUAAAAUACAAAUUCCUGAACGAGAAAAUCAAAGUCAUCGAAAUAUAGAAUUUACUACAAUCUCGAAAAACAAUUCGUCAAUACUAAAUAGUAGAACUAAUUCAAAUUUGAACUGUACUUUUCAAGUAUCACAAGUUAAUAAACAAAGAAAAAAACGUUCACGAAAUUUAGACAAUUAUAAUCAAAUUCGAGAAUUAGAUAAAAGUUUAUCCGAGUUUCCAGAAAAUAAUUGUUCAGCAAAACGUUUAUGCAAGAAUAAUCGGGUAAAUUAAAAACUAUACAAUAAUUAUUAAAUC